GUGCAGCUGUCAAAUCGUUCCGUGUUUUAUUUUGUUGUCUUCUUCCGCAUCUCGUCCGGCUCAGGGUCUGCAAAAAUUUUAGUGUGAAAAUUUCCGAAAAUAAUCGAUUGAAAUUCUACUUUUUAUGAAUUAGAAGUUCUUGGCAGAUCCGCAUCCACCGUCGUCGUAGGUUCAGGAAUGAGGCCGAACCGAUUGCUGGUGUCCUUUAUUCUAGUGACCCUUUCCGUGUACGCGCAGCUAUCGGAAGCUGACGUCCCUCCGGAGGGGGUGCCCAAUUUGGCUAAGUCCAAAAAGGACCGGCAAAAGUCCGAGAAGUUGCCACCAUGUCGUGCCUGUACGGUUCUGGUGAAUUCCUUCCGGGACGGAAUGAAACGUACGGAACGGUCCAAACACGAUGGCGGUGAUGCCGCUUGGGAGGAGGAACGUCUCGGAAGCUACAAAACCAGUGAACUCCGGUUGGUGGAGAUCCAGGAGGGUCUGUGCCGAGAUGUGGGCCGAGGAGAGGAUCAAUGCCACCUUCUGGCCGAGGAACACGAACCGCAGAUCGAGGAGUGGUGGAAGGAGCAUCAGACCGCGCAGCCGGAUUUGCAUCAGUGGUUGUGCGUGGAGCAGGCCCAGGUUUGCUGCCCGGAUGGAUUCUAUGGUCCGAACUGUGACCCGUGCCCGAGUUGCUUCGGCAAUGGGAAAUGCAAGGGCAAUGGGACCCGGAAGGGAAACGGGAAGUGUGCCUGCGAGGAGGGCUACGGUGGGGACAAUUGCGACAGUUGUGGGCCGGAGCACUACGAGGCAUUUCGCGACGAGGGGAAGCUGCUCUGCUCGAGGUGCCAUAAGGCUUGCGCCGCCGGAGGUUGCACCGGAGCGGGACCGAAUGCUUGUCGCGUUUGCCGGAGUGGCUGGAUCAUGGACAGCCAGCGAGGUGGAUGCACGGAUAUUGAUGAGUGCAUCACGGCCAACACCUGCACUAAGCAGCAGUUUUGUGUGAACAACGAGGGAUCGUUCAGUUGUUUAGAGUGUGAUAAAUCGUGUGACGGAUGCGAUGGCGAUGGUCCAGACAUGUGCAAGAAGUGCACUGAUGGAUACGAGCUUCGGGACGGAAUGUGCACAGAUGUGUCGAGCGAGAAGCGCAACCAGUACGUGGCAUUCACUCGCUAUCUGACCUACCUGGGUCUGUGCAUAGCCACGUGCAUCGUACUGCAAAGUUCGACCUGGCUGGCGGCUCUCGUCGGCCUUGCCGUGGCCGUCUACAUAUCCGUAUCGGAGUACUGGCUGAACACGGAACCGCAAGGCACUCCGGCCCCGUCACCAAAGAUACUCGAAGAAUUACUGCAACAGUAGAUGCUGGGCAUUCGGGCGGAUAGAUAGACUGUGGUCGUUUAGAAUGGCCAUUAGCUGCAAAUGGGUUCUUCCUUUGAUCGCGUGUAGUAGCACUUAAAGUUAGGCCACAGAAAGUCAGGAAUUGAGUUUUAACAAGUUAUGCCAUUGAUGCCACCGUUUUAAUUUUUAAUACGUUUUAAUUUUUAAUACGUUUUAAUUUUGCAUUCAUUAUCAUGAAGGGUCAGGGCCAUUUGACAUUAAAUAAAUUUAUCAUAACAGUCAUUUGGCAUAGCGUUUUUUCAUCAUGAAUAGGCAUAUUUUGAAAGAAGUGAUAUAAUUUUCGUUAUUGCAAAUAGCCAUUAUACCGAAUGGUCCACUUCCACCAUGAAGUCCAAUUCAUAGAUUAGAGGAGAAAUAUUAAGUAGCUGGUGCAGCUGAGAGAGAAUUUUGCAACAUGCAUUUGAUUCAAUUACGAUUACGACAAACCCACAUUAAUUACCAAAGCCGGAAUGUUUCACGUGGUAGUUCUACGCAAUAGUGACAAAAAGUACUCUCUUUUUUAAUAAAUCUGAACAAACUUUUGAACUA